AUGGAAGAUAUCAUACUAGAUAUUAUAGAUCAUCUUGAUUCAAGACAUAUUGAUGAUUUAAUUCAAGGAAUAGAAAAUUUGGAUAAAGUUUUAUCCCUGUUAUUGCCGUACAUAACAUCUUCGAGGAAGAAUCCACAGGCACCCAGAAAUGACAAAUUAGUUAGCUUCGUCAAUCUUCAAGACAAUUUCCAAUAUAAUAUAACCAGUCAUCUUAUCCAGUUCUACAAAGUAGUAUGGGAAGAUAUUGCAGGUGUUGAUAUGGAUAUAAUUUUGACUUGCAAUAGACUACUUCAGGGCUUGCUCUUGCUCCAUCCUGAAUCUAGGAAAAUAUUCAAUAGACUGAAUAAUAUGAAAACUAUGCUUAAUUUUGUAAGAAUUACCAACGGAGGCGACGGAGAACGUCAUAUUCCGGUUGAGGUCACAAUCUCAUUCAUUUCUACUUUGAUCCACAUAUUAUUGAAAGAUUUGACCAAUUUUCGUGUAUUUGAGGAAAGCGAUGGGUGCUCAGUUGUCAUUCGAAAGCUACAAUUAUCAUCGUUUCCACCUCAUAAGGGUUCACAGCCAUCUAAGCAACAGGAGCUUAAUUUCAAAGUUAUCGAAUUUUUGAUCUUCUACUUGAUAGACGAAAAUGAAAUAGCAUCCUCAGCAAAGAAGAGGACAACACAGGAGAAAUCGGAUUUGUUCCGUCCUGAUUUUCCAGAAAUAGACAGCUUGGUAGAAAGCCUAAACGAUCUAAAGAAUAUAUAA